AUGGCGUUCUUCUACAUCUGGAUAAGUGUGAAUUUGGUGUUACCUCUGCAGUUUUUGGGCCACAUUAUUGAAUCUCAAGGAGUUCAUCCGGAGGAGACAAAAGUGUCAGUAAUUAAGGAUUUUCUUGGUCUAGUUUCUCAGCGCCAGCUACGGGAAUUUAUUGGCAUGACCAAUUUCUAUCACAGAUUCAUUCCUCACUGUGCCAGGUAUUACAACCAUUGCACACACUACUCAAUAAAACACAUGCAAAGUCUGAGUUCCAGUGGUCAGAGGAAUCUGUAUCACCCCAUUCCUGAUGCUCCUACCUCUUUAAUGACUGAUGCAUCUGAUAUUGCUGUUGGUGAAGGUCCCCAUAAUCCCGUAGCAGAUGCCUUAUUGCAGAUAGAGCUCAACUCGGUUGGAUCUACACCUACAAUUGACUUGGAAGCAAUGGCAGCAGCUCAAGAUAAUUGUAGUUUCCUCUCAGUGGAAUCGCAACACCACUCUCUCAUUCUUCAACCCUUUUCUCUUCCUCAAUGCAUUAGAGCUACCCAGCAGUUUAUUUCUGCUCGUUUUGUUUGGCCAAAGAUGCACUCCCUUAUUAAGCAGUGGACCCGAUCAUGUCUUCCCUGUCAGCGUUCUAAAGUCAUUCGACACACACUCUCUCCCCUUUCUCAUUUACCCACUCCAAGCUCAUGUUUUGAUCAUAUUCACGUUGACAUGUUCACUCGUUGGCCAGAGGCAUUUCCUCUUCCAGAUAUCUCUGCCCCUUCAGUAGCCCAGGCAUUAGUGUCUGGUUGGAUCUCUCGCUUUGGUGUCCUAUCAAUUAUCACCACUGAUACAGGAGGCCAGUUUGAGUCCUCGCUUUGGACACAAUUGAUGGCUAUGUUGGGCACUGUCUGGUGUAGAACUACUUCCUAUCAUCCUCAAGCCAAUGGUUUGGUUGAGCGUUUCCAACGGCAGCUCAAAGCAGCUCUCAAAACCCAUGCUGGUACAUCCUGGACUGAGUCUUUACCACUAGUACUGUUGGGACUACGUACUGCACUCAAAGGUGACCUACAAUGUACAGCUGCCGAGUUGUUUUACGGUAUGUCUUUACGUUUGCCGGGUGAGUUUUUCUCUCCAUCAGCAGCUCCUGUUGCGACAUAUAUCACUAGAUUAAAGCAGUAUAUGAGGACUCUUUAUGCUGUUCCUACCAGAACUCACAGCUCACACACCUCAUUCAUUGAUAAUUCACUCUUCUCCACAUCUCAUGUUUCAUUCGACGAGACUGCGUAA